UACAUUUGUUUACGUUUGGGAGUGUGUCGUCUACUCCGCCAUGUGACUACGCUGAACCACAAUAAUAUCCACUCCCUUCUGAUUGUAUCAUACGUUUUGGACGUGAUCAACGUUGAGAAUCGAGACAGUACUACUUAGAAGCUUGAAAGAUGAAGGCAGGACCGAAUAUACUGAUAACAGGUACACCUGGCGUUGGGAAAUCAACUCUGUCUCAACAAAUUGCUGAACGUUCAGGAUUAGAAUGGAUCAGUGUUUCUGACCUUGCACGUGAUAACUUGUUUUACGAUGGAUUUGAUGAGGAAAGGCAGUGUCCAAUUUUGGAUGAAGACAAAGUUCUGGAUGAGUUAGAGGACAUGAUUGCAGAGGGGGGGAAAAUUGUGGACUACCAUGGUUGUGAUUUCUUCCCCGAGAGAUUUUUUGAUAUAGUUUUUGUUUUGACAACAAACAACACCAUACUCUAUGAUCGUUUGGCUGCAAGAGGGUACCAGGGAACAAAGCUAACAGAGAAUAUUGAAUGCGAAAUCAUGAAUGUCAUAAGAGACGAGGCAAUGGAUAGCUACAAUGAUGACAUUGUUCAUGUCCUUCCUUCAAACUCGCCAGAAGAUAUGGAAUCCAAUAUUGAGAGGAUUAUUCUGUGGAUUGAAGCUUGGAAAAGAGACAAUGGAUCAUCAAGUUGAGAAAUAAAUAUUUUGUAAUUAAUCUUAUAUACAUAAUAUGUAAUCAUUAUUAUCAGAAUUAAUACAAUAUGAUUAAUUGGUUAAGAAUUUUGUAAAGUACUUGGCAGUAUUUGAAAAUAGAUCAGCGUUUCCAUAUGUAUGACUUUUAAGAUAUUGCUCGGGUACAUUCAGGCUUAGUGAAUGUGGUGUAUUUUGAUAACUGAUCACAUGUUUUUCAUUAUACAUGUGCAUUAUUUUUUAUUUAAGAAAUUUUUUUCCAAUGAGUGUGCACAUUAUCAUUAUGUGUGCUGAGGAGAGUAGGUUACAAUAGUUGAGGAGGUCUUGUUAGAGGAAAAACAUACAUAUUUGCAAACAAUGUUUUCCCCCUGAUAAGACAUCAACUUUUGUAACCUACACCUCACCAAUUAUGUAACAAGUAGUGUUGUUUUAAAACAAUUGUAUUUUUCCUCUAAUUUUGUAAUUUUCAAAUUUGCAUUCAUAUUCUUUGGUGUCUGUGAUAGUAGUUUUAAAAAUCACAAAGUUUGGACUGCCUUUAUCCAGUGUUUAGUGCAUAUUCAACAUGUGCAGUCCUUGACCAUUUUAAAGCUUUGGAAUAUUGACUGUCAAUUGGACAAUUAAUUGUUUGGUUACAUACUCUCCUUUCUAUCAUAGGGUUUUAAUCCUAAUGUAGAAGUUUGAACCAGAGAGAAUAUCAAUGUACAAAAUAUUA